GCUGUUCACAGCAGAGGAACAUUUAGACAUAUUGAUUCAAGUAGGGCAUGUGUUCAGCCAGAAAGGCUAAAGCAAGAAAAUACUGUUAAGAUUGAAAUGCAAGGGGACUGUUGUUCUUUCAAAUUGGAGAAUGAAUAAUUGAAACAAGGCUGGCAGUGUUUCAGCCAGAGCUGAGCUUAAAGGUCGCUGAAAAUCAAGUGCUUGGUAAGUGAAUGCAGUCAGACUACAGGCAACCCAAGACGAUGUAGAAACUGCUGCUAGGAAUGGUGUGUAUGUUCAUGACGUGCAUUGCUCUGCCCCUUGGCUCGUCAUUCUCCUCUGUUUCACUAGAACACAUGCUGCAGUUUUGUGUCUUUGCUGGCAGUGUUUUAUAACCGUUCUAGAUGUUUUUCUGCUGCAUCUGGUCUUUUCCCAGAAAGGAUGAAUGCUGUGCUUUUGAGUCAAUAAUAUGUGCAGAAAGACCAAAUGGCACGACGGUUGAGACUGCACUUUGCGACCAGAAGAAGCAACACUGAUCCUUUGCCGGACAACCCUGGAGAUGGAUUGGACAGUAACUUUCACAUGUGCUUUGAAGGAUUUACUCAAACAUCUGCACCGAGUGUGAUACAGAUGAGACUUUCUCCAAGGCAAAUUGUUCAGCAGCCCCCAUCUCCAGAAAUUGUCCUUUUGAAUCAAGGCAAUGCUCUCUCAUCACCAAGCAAAAAGAGCACAUCACUGCAGAUUUCUCUACAGCCGAGCAGGGAUAGUAGAUGUCAUCAAUCUGGCAACACUGAACCUGUAACGGAAGACAUUUCAUUCGACAGUGCUUACAAGGAUGGAAUUAAUUGUACUUAUAAUGCGAACAGGAAUUAUAGCUGUCACCCACUCGUAAAUGACCGCAGUUUUCCAAGUAGCACAUCUGCUGAUAAUAGCAGUUCGUGUAGCAUUGCUGCAAGUGACAAUGGAUCUUACAGUAGUAAUAGCAGCGAUUAUGGAUCCUGUACAAGCACUACAAGUGACACCGGUUCAUGCACCAACAGUAAUUUAAGUGACAAUAGUAGCUGCAUUCUUUCUGUGGGUGAUGGUAAUUAUUUUAGUAGUAUGAUCCGUGGAAAUCCACCAUGUUUAAAUACAGAAUCUAACAGCAGUUCUUUCAAAAAGGAUAAAUUACAAGAUGUUUUAUAUAGGAAAAAUGGCACAUAUCACUUUGACCAAGUUCCAAUAGAGAGGGAGGUGGGAAUGGGAAAAAUGGGUUCAAGAAGAAAGCCUAAGGUCCCACUGAGGCGCUGCUCUUCCUUGGUGAUCUUUCCCCAGAGCCCUUCAGACACUCCACCAACUUCCCCAACUUGUUUGGGCUCUCCAUCAAAUAAAAGCUCCUACCAGACGUCCUACCAGCUUAUGCUUUGUUCUAAUGAGCUUGCAAAUAAGGAGGAACAGGCGUCAUCUAAGGGUUUUCUUUCAACAGCAGUCAAUGGUGUUCGUCUUUCCAAAAAUACUUGCACUAUUGGUGAAGUUAGAGACAUUAAACCUCUUUACUUGAAUGACUCACAACAAGAGGGCGAGCAUCAGUUACAUGGUUCCGGAAAGGCUCCAGCUGUAAAUGAUGGGUUUUCUUGUAUUUCUGUACAUGUUAAUCACCAGAGGCCAUUGUCUGCUGGUCACGAAAGUUCUAGAGACCACAACAAAAAAAAGUUACGAGAUGAAGCUCCACUUCCUUCUGGUGCGCAGUAUCGUCAUAUUCGUCUGGUUCGCAGCACCUCUGCGUGUUCUUCCCCGCAAAAAACUGCAGAAUGCCAGACAAGUGUUACUGGAGACCGAGGAAACAAAAAUUUCCCCAAAAGAAAAUCAAAUCACACUUUUCAAAGAAGUAUAUCUGAUGGACCCCAGCAAAAAAAUUGCUCUUCCUCUUCCAGUCUUAAGUACAAUAAUCCCAAAUUAGGGUCAUCCCAUUUGCACAUACAGUUUACACCUGGGAAUGAAAGCAGAAUAAGUAGCUAUAAAAAGCAAUUCUUAAGAAACCCAAACAUUGAAUUGGCUAGUAAGCCCUCAGUGAAAUUCCACAAGACUAGAGAUGAUUUUCUUGGUCACGUGGAUAUUCCUCUUUAUCAUUUACCGACAGAAAAUCCACGGUUGGAGAGACCAUACACUUUUAAGGACUUCAUUCUUCAUCCUCGAAGUCACAAAUCUAAGGUCAAAGGAAAUCUUAGGUUAAAAAUGACAUAUUUACCCAAAAACAAUGGAUCAGAAGAAGACAACCCAGAUCAGGCUGAGGAGAUAGAGCCUGGCUGGAUUAUAUUGGACCAACCAGAUGCUUCUUGCCAACCCCAGCAACAACCGGAAUUAUCACCACUACCUCCAGGCUGGGAAGAAAAACAAGAUAUCCUUGGCAGAACUUACUAUGUCAACCACCAAUUUAGAAGAACACAGUGGCAUAGGCCCACACAUCAAGAUAGCACGACUGGUGCAGACAAUGGGAAUAUUCAGCGGGAAGCACAACAUGCAUUCACAACGAGGAGACAAAUCUCUGAAGAAGCCGAAGUUCCAGAGACAAGGGAAUCUCCAGAGAGCUGGGAAAUUAUAACGGAGGAUGAAACCACUGUGUACAGCAACCAUAGCAGUGAGCCACAGUCUACCCAAAACAGUGACGUACAUACGGAAAUCACAGAGGAGCUUAGCACAAGUCUUAAUAUUUCUGGGAAUAGUCCCAGUGGCCGACAGGGCUCAUUCAACGUCCAUUCCAGCAGAGGAGAGAGCUUGCAGUCCUAUAUUAAUGAAGAGCUGCCUACAAUACCAGUUUUGCUACCUACAUCCUCUGGCUUACCCCCAGGUUGGGAGGAAAAACGUGAUGACAAAGGGAGAUUGUAUUACAUUGAUCACAAUACCAGGACGACGACUUGGGAAAAACCUGUGUUACAGCAGGGACCCAUGGAAGUUGCUCAAAUGUCUCCUGUCCAGAGUUAUUCCACUAGCCGUCAGUCACAAAUGACAGUCGGGGAAGCCACGCUUGUGCCAUUGGACCUAGAGCACAUGUUUCUCCCGAAAGGCUGGGAGAUGCGCCACGCACCAGGCGGGAGACCAUUUUUUAUCAACCAUACUACCAAAACAACUACAUGGGAAGACCCAAGAUUGAGAAUUCCAGUUCAGCUGAGGCCAAAGCCUCCUAUAGAUCUUUCCGAUCUGGGGCCGCUACCACCUGGAUGGGAAGAGAGAACACACACUGACGGAAGAGUCUUUUAUAUUGACCACCACACAAAGCGAACCCAGUGGGAGGAUCCACGCUUGCAGAAUGUAGCAAUAACAGGACCAGCCGUGCCUUAUUCCCGAGAUUACAAAAGAAAGUAUGAGUACUUCCGUAAAAAGCUGAAAAAACAGCUUGAUAUUCCGAAUAGGUUUGAAAUGAAAUUGCAUCGUACUACUAUCCUUGAAGAUUCCUACCGAAGGAUCAUUGCUGUGAAAAGGCCCGAUAUUCUGAAAGCCCGGCUUUGGAUUGAAUUUGAUGGCGAGAAAGGCUUGGACUAUGGAGGAGUUGCCAGGGAAUGGUUCUUUCUGAUCUCCAAAGAAAUGUUUAAUCCGUAUUAUGGACUUUUUGAAUAUUCUGCUACUGAUAAUUACACAUUACAGAUCAAUCCGAAUUCUGGACUAUGUAAUGAAGAUCACCUUUCAUACUUCAAGUUUAUUGGUCGUGUGGCAGGGAUGGCAGUGUAUCAUGGAAAGCUUCUGGAUGCAUUUUUUAUUCGGCCAUUUUAUAAAAUGAUGCUUCAGAAACCAAUAACACUGAAUGACAUGGAAUCUGUGGACAGUGAAUAUUACAAUUCCCUCCAGUGGAUACUUGAGAAUGAUCCCAUAGAAUUAGACUUACGAUUCACUGUUGAUGAAGAGCUUUUUGGACAGACUCAUCAACAUGACCUGAAGCCUGGAGGCUCAGAAAUCGUUGUCACCAACAAAAACAAGAAAGAGUAUAUUCACCUUGUCAUACAGUGGAGAUUUGUAGAAAGAGUUCAGAAACAGAUGGCUUCUUUUAAAGAGGGCUUUUUUGAGCUGAUACCACAGGAUUUGAUUAAAAUAUUUGAUGAAAAUGAGUUGGAGCUGCUAAUGUGUGGAUUAGGAGACGUUGAUGUCAAUAACUGGAAAGAACAUACAAAAUACAAGAAUGGAUAUUCCCAGGGACACCACGUUAUACAGUGGUUUUGGAAGGCUGUGUUAAUGAUGGAUGCAGAAAAAAGAAUACGGUUACUUCAGUUUGUCACUGGCACUUCCCGUGUACCCAUGAAUGGAUUUGCUGAGCUUUAUGGCUCCAAUGGACCACAGUUGUUUACAGUUGAAAAAUGGGGCACUCCAGAUAAACUUCCAAGGGCGCACACAUGCUUUAACCGCCUAGACUUGCCACCAUAUGAGUCAUUUGAGGACCUUUGGGACAAGCUACACAUAGCAAUUGAAAAUGCUCAAGGCUUUGAUGGAGUGGAUUAAAGAAAAUGGCUGGAAAAGUUCUAAAAUAGUGCUGUGUUUACGUGAAGAGUCCAUUUCCCAGGGAACUAAUAUAGUAUUAUUUGACAUGUUAAUUGGGAAGAUCCUCAGAUGUGAAGCAGUUUCACAUAUGUGAGUGUGUAUGAGUAUAAAUAUAUAUAAUAUACACACACUGAAAAUGAUUGAAUUCUGUCUUGCCUAAAAAAAGGAUAUUCAUUUUAUUUUCCUAAUUUUGAUUACCUCUUCAUAAAGACAGGAAAGUAUUUGGAAUACAAAACUACUGAACUAUGGACUGUGAAAAGUGGAUGUGAUUAUUCGAAAGGUAGUGCCUGCCCCUUUGAUGUUAACUAAUACAACAAAAUGGGCUCCAAGACCCCAAAACUGCUGGACUUGCCAGUGCUCAGGCCCCUUCAACUGUUAAAAAUAAACUUGAUGCUGCUUCAGGCUGUGUAAUGUUCUUAAUCACCAGACACUUUAAUAAAAAAAUCCUAUCCAUCUAAUUCAGUGGUUCUUGAACGUUUUAGUCACACCAAGAGCUGGAUCCUCAGACUUUUUUUUUAAUUGGAUCCCAACUGCAUGGGUCAGGCACGUCAUAUGAAUCCGGCCCUAGUCCACUGGCCUCAAUAAACUGAUCCUUACAGCACCACAGCAUGGGAACAGUCUAAAGAUGGUUAUUUGUUUAUUUAGCUUUUUAUGUAUUGGUUUAAAAUGGAGGUGUGUCACAGAAAUAAUUUUACAAUUAAAGAUUGUUUCACCGAGUUGAUGCCAUGUAAAUAAUCUGGGUCCCUGUCAAAAACAUUUAAGAACCACUGAUGCAAUUCAACUUUUUUGAGCCACCCUCACUGUUGCUAUUCCUGCAUUUUAUCUGUGUUAUAGGCUAGGAAAAAGAAAGAAUUAAUUUUUAUAUGGAGAAAAGAUUAAGCCGCUGAAUUUCUUCUAUUCAGAUGCUUGGUUUAUAUAUAUAUAUAUAUAUUUUUAUUAAGGGUGUGUUCUGUUUUACUCUGUUUUAAAAACUUAGCGAAAGCUUUCAUAAGUGAAUUCUAUUUUCCAGUUAGGAGAAGUGUUUUUCUUCUAUUAUGUGGAACAUGUAAAUUAGGGUAGGGUGUGCACACAUUAAUUCAGGGGCAGACAACAAGUAGCUUAUUACCUCUUUCCAGAAAUAAACUCAAAGCAUUGUGGGAAAAAAGGACUUCAACAGCUGUGGUCUGUCUGGCUACCCCUGAAUUAAUUAUUGCAAACUUGCACAGUUUUACAGUACAGACAUGUUUACAGAUUUGUAUAUGUUUACACUUACUCUAGCUUAAUAUCUAUACAUGUAUGUGUGCAUACAAAUCCUUCACUUUUAGCCUAGUUACCAAAUAAUUUGUUACAAUGCAAUUUAACCAAAAUCAUAGUGUAAUAAUGUGUGAUUACGUGUCCUUUUUUGUUCACUCUGUGAAAUUGUGUUUUUUUUUCUACACUUAAAUUAUUUUCCUAUGUCAAUACCUGCAGUUGUUUUUAUUACUAAUCUGACUGCUACUUCCGAGUUUCAAUUCCUCUAAAGAAUUUUUCAGUAUAAAUUAAAUUUACUUUUUAGCUUACCUAGCAGUCAAAUGUAACACUUUAGUUUGUAAUAACCUGCACACACUCUGUCGUUUUACACGUAGGUAAACUGCAAUCCGGGCUGAUAAUUUGCUAUGCAGUAAAUUGAUAUAUGCAAUGUAAACACGAUGCAGAUUGCAACCUUUCUCAGACCUUUUAUGUUCUAUACCGUGCAAACAGGCUCGUGAAACCAGUAGUAGAAAUUAUACAAAGCACAAUUUGUAGAUGGGUAACCUGCAUUGACGAGCACACAUACAAUGUUGUGCUGUAUAGAGAGUUUAGUUGGUUAUCGGAGAGGUUUGAUUCAAGCCAGGCAUAUGUAUAUCCUAGAUGCAGUAGCAGCUUCGUUUUCAAUGACUUAUCAGCAGCAUCUCAAAUGAUAAGGCAGUAACGCACCGUGGUUCUUAACCCCCGAGUCAGGACCCGAAUUUGAAUCCCUUUGUAAACCCAGUUAAUACCAAUGUUUGGAACAAGCAAGUCAUUUUGAUGAGUGGCCAUAUCUCCCUGAGUGCAAUGAGAAACCCUUCUGACCCUGGGAAGAGAGUUUUGCAGAAAUAUAUUUUUAUAUAUAUAUAUUAUAUAACAGGUGACAAAAUGGCUUUUGGGGUGUAACUUUACAAUUGAUGAUAUGCUUGUGAUAUGGGUCCCGGUUGAUUGGGGAAAGAGCCACUAAUGUAACGCAUGUUUGCUUGCAUAAUAUCGCAGUGUAUGUGAUAACAUAUGAUAUGCAAUAGGUUUACAUGUUAUCCAUAUUAAGCAACCAAUCAGAUAUGUUUAACAGUAUGCUCACAUAUUAGUAUCCUGACUUGAAUCAUGUGUACAGUGACUGCUGCUUGAGAGACCUGCUACUCAUUCAUAGCAAUGUUUUGCAAACUCUAAAGCAGCAAAGUGGCUAAGUACUUUCUGUUACAGAAAGAAAAUGUAAUGUGUCUUAGAUUUUCUACAACCUAUUUUGUUUUUGUUUUUUUCUGAUUUUAUUUUUCUUGCUGCACUGUUAUUCCUAAAAGUAUUUCUUGUAAAUACUUGAUAAUUUAUAGAAAGUAAAAGGAUUGUUUAAGUAUAUAGUCUGAUAUUUUAUACAAAUUCAUUGAGGCAAAGCAACAAAUGUAUAGAUGCAAAUGUUGGAAUAUUUGUUUCAUAUUUUUUAGUCUGAAAUGCUCACAACACCGUAAGUAUCCUGAAGCAGUAAAUAAAGAUUAAUUCAACUACCAUUGCA